UUAAGCAUAAAGAGUGACGUCAUAUUUUUAAGCCUACCUUCUAUGUUCUAUGGCACACAGAGUGCAUAUACCAGUAGUACCUAAUCGAAUGUUGUGAAAGCCUCAUCCGUUUUCUUGUAAUCCUAAUCCCUACUACGAUUAGGGUUCAUCCUGUACUUCAAAAAGGUUGUUUUCCCCCUUUACGCCCUUUCUUACGUUCCUCUUAAUUUCACAAGAAGCUUAAUUCUGAUUCGAUUAUUCGGUUUUAUUUGUUGGAUCUCAUUCUCAUAUGUAUCUAUCGUAGAAUUCUGUAAAUUUUAUUGCAUUUUUGGGGUUUGUUUGAUGGUUUUGGAGAAUGUCGGAGGCCAAUAUUAAUAAUCAACGCCAUCAUCAAGCAUCGAUUUACGAGGGCGUUAAUCUACAACCCGUUAAUUUGCAUCAUCAUCAGCAACAUGGAAUUAGCAUCAAUAAUGACGAUAAUCAACAUCACGUAGUUGAAGAUGUGGUUGUGCAUGAAGAUGAUGAUGUUGCCGUUGGCGAAGAAGAGUCUAUAGACAACCCUAGUCGGAUCCGCUACGACAACCACAACUCUCAUCAUCACCACCAGCACAAUACUUUACAGAACAGCGGCAGUAUCGAAACCGGCAUGGAGGAUAUGAGCGUUCAGCCGCAUGCUUUGUAUGUACAGGACGCUGAAAUUCAGCCUGUUAGCGGUGGAGUUGCAGGUGCAGGUGGAGGUGGAGGUGCGGAUCAGCUUACCCUGUCGUUUCAGGGAGAAGUUUACGUCUUCGAUGCCGUUUCGCCUGAAAAGGUGCAAGGUGUGUUAUUGCUUUUGGGUGGUUAUGAAGUACCAACUGGUGCCCCUACUUUAGGGAUCCCCCCUCAAAAUCAAAGGGGUUUAAAUGAGUUCCCUGGAAGAUCAAGUCAACCACAAAGGGCUGCUUCUUUGAGUCGAUUCAGGGAGAAGAGAAAAGAAAGAUGCUUUGAUAAGAAAAUCCGUUACACUGUACGGAAGGAAGUUGCUCUUAGAAUGCAGCGUAAAAAAGGACAGUUUACAUCAUCCAAGGCCAAUUCUGAUGAAACAGGUUUACCUUCUUCAGAUUGGAACGGUGGUCCUGGCCAAGAUGAAGAAACAACAUGUAGGCACUGUGGGAUCAGUUCAAACUCAACCCCAAUGAUGCGUCGUGGGCCUUCUGGGCCAAGGACAUUGUGCAAUGCAUGUGGAUUGAAAUGGGCUAACAAGGGGGUUUUACGGGAUCUUAACAAGGUUUUAGCAGACCCUACUACUGGAAAGACUAUUAUUGAACAGGUGCAGGUGAGAGUGGGGGUGGGGAAGGGAAUGGAAGUGAUGGUGUAAAUGUGGUUUUUAAUGGAGGAGAUGGUUCAGCUGUGACUGCUGAAAGGUGAGGGCUUAUUCAGUUAUUUGUUGCAGCAGCCAAAGCCAAUGGAGAUAUGUUGAAGGAAAAAAGGUGUAAAAUAAGAGAGUGGUUACUGUUUACAAAGAUUGUAGAUAUUGGUUCGCGUCUUGAGGGAAAUGGGGGUUGCAUUAUAUAUAUAGCAUUUUUUUUUUUUUUUAUAAUUAUAGGGUCGCAAUGUAACUUCUAAAUUCACUAUUUGUAACAUUGGUAGCUCACUGCUCACCUCAUUGAACAUGAAAUACAUUCGAGUCAUUAGCUUUUACAA